AUCACAUGAGCGUCACGGGGAAGUGCCGGACUAAUGUUCCUCCGCUGCGGCUCUGGCUUCUGUCGUUCCCCGUAAAUUUUCCUUGAGGAAUCAGAAUGCGAACCGCAGACCGGCGACAAUCCCGCACGACACGACACAUUCCACUUCCUCGACACCAUGUCGGACUCCCCUGAUGACCAUGAUUCUCGAACCGCCUCCGUAGGGAUCUCCCGGACCCGUGCAGCGUCCUCGAACCACUCCUCCCGACAGAGCUCCACCGAUCCCGCCAACGCCAACAAGAGACAACGGAGGAAGAGAAAGGCAGACGACCGGGUGGCGCAGGAUUUCGUCCCUCGCGGGGGGAGUUUCAGCAACGCUCCCUUGGAUGUGGAUUCUGAUGAAACGUCCAGCUCCGGCUCCAGCUCCAGCGACGGCUCUAGCUCGAGCGCGGACUCCGACUCGUCCGACAGCGCAUCCGACUCGUCGGACGGACAGUCCGAGCCGGCAUCGACGGACGUUCAGAUGAAAAGUGCGUCAGCGCUCAACUGGAACAAAGGGAGCAGAGGCGAAAUUCGGACCACACUCGGCGCGAGAGGGAACAAGCGCGACGAGGGCCGACCCCGCUCGCAAUUCGACGCGGUCAACAACAAGUUCUGGCGGAGUGCGUCCGAUGAUGGCGAGGCUGAGGACGGUGAGAUCGAGGAGGGGGAGACGGAUACGAGUGACUCGGGGAUGCAGCUGUCAGGGGACUCGGACGCGGAUUCCGAGGCGGAUCGGUCGAUCUUGUUGAAUAUUGGCCAGGAACUUACGGCCACGGGCGAUUCGAAUGGAGCGGGGCCUACCCACGCUUCAAACAUGAUAUCGCUGACCGGGGCUCCGGCCAACGGGUCUGCGAAAAGCUCCUCGUCCAAGGAAGAGACCCUACGUCAGUACUCGCAGAAGUACCCUACAGCGCCUGCGAUCCUUUCAGACCUCACCCGGGAAGACCUGGAGAGUCAGGCGCGGUUUCUGCACUACGGCCAGGACAUCAAUGAUGUCGACCUCCAACUGCCCAUUGCCUGCGUAGAGUGUAUGCGCGAGGGCCAUUUGGCGGAGGUCUGUCCAUACAAAGAGUGCGUGCACUGCGGAGAUUGGAAUCAGCACCAGAGCAGCCUCUGUCCUACCUGGAGGCGAUGUUCACGGUGUCGGGAGCGCGGCCACGACGAGUCCCAGUGCGGUGCGACACUGAAAAGUUCGGCGUCGGAGAUCCCUUGCGAUCUAUGCGGAUCGUCCGCGCAUAUCGAGCUACAGUGCGACUUCAUGUGGAAGCUGCCCCGGGUGGAUCCGCCUACGGGGCCUGUGCUCGUCUCGCUCUCGUGCGCCCACUGCACCAGCAACCGCCAUCUCCUGGGAGAUUGCCCGUCGCUGUCCUACCCGCUGAAGUCGUCAUCCUGGACCCUGCGGGGGAUCGAUCCCAACAUGGUCACCAACAUGAAUUCAGUCGUGAGCGGCCAGAGGGGCCUACAGAUUCGGGGCCGGGCCGACCGCCGGUCUCCGAGCCCAGACAGCGACGACAUGCUCUCGCGACCCGGACGACGGCCACCCCUGGGACGCAACGCCGGCGGACGGCCCAACAUCCGAUUCGGCAGCGGCAUCGGGCGGGGCAAGAGCUUUGGGUCUUCCGGGGGCCGCGGAGAUUCCCAGGGCUAUCGGGACCGGCGCGAUUACAAUGGCGAUGGGGGCCGGCAACGCUCGCUCUCCCCCCGGGGCAGUCGCGGCAGAGGCCGGGACAGCUGGCAGCCGACAUCUCGCUUUCCUCCCCGGGGCCGGGGAGGCCCCCGAGGAGGCCGUGGCGGCGGGAAGCGGGGCGGGGGCGGCGGCGAUGCGUAUCGACCCAUGCCAAGUGCGGGCAAGAAAGCAUGGGAUCGCUACCGGAUGUGAUGACCAGCAGACCAAAAUGGGCGUUGACGAGGCGAUGAAUAGUUCUUUUGUUGGAUAUGUAACGCAUAGAUACCCGGAUCGAAACGAUUCUCUCCCAUCAUGGGGGAUCUGUAAAUAAAUGGCCGAGUGUACAGAAAAUAGAGCCGGAAUGGGUCGCGCCC